AUGGCAGAGGUGGUGGACGUGUCGCCGGGGGUGGUGGUGGUGAGAAACAAGCAGCUUAUAUCCGGAUAUGGAGUCUCAGAAGUCUUGGAUUCGACUCACCCCUACUUCAAGAAAGGUGACUUGAUAUCAGGACCUUCCACUAACUGGGAGGAGUAUAGCUUGAUCAGGAAUGCUGAGUCAUUGAUAAAGAUUGAACAUACAAAUGUCCCUAUUUCUUACUACACUGGAAUCCUCGGAAUGCCAGGCAUGACUGCCUAUGUUGGUUUGUACGAGAUUUGUUCACCCAAGAAAGGAGACACCGUGUUCGUGUCAGCAGCAUCUGGAGCUGUUGGCCAGCUUGUUGGGCAAUUUGCCAAACUCUACGGCUGUUAUGUUAUUGGAAGUGCUGGAUCCAAAGAAAAGAUGCUCCAUGCAGUACUAGUCAACAUGAGAGUUAAAGGUCGCAUUGCUGUUUGUGGGAUGAUCUCACAAUACAAUAUUGAUCAACAUGAAGGCAUUCACAACCUUGCGUUCCUUAUCUUGAAACGUAUCAGAAUGGAAGGGUUCUUGGUUCCAGAUUACUAUCACUUGUAUCCUAAGUUCUUGGAAACGGUUUUGCCUCUCAUUCAAGAAGGAAAGAUAACGUAUGUCGAGGACACUGUUGAAGGGAUUGAGAAUGCUCCGGCUGCAUUGGUUGGGUUGUUUACAGGAAAAAAUGUCGGAAAACAAGAAAACCUCAUAAAUCACAUCAUCGCUUUCUUUCCUCUCGGUCCAUCUGCUUUCCUCGUUGACUCGCCGUUUCCCUGCAACAACAAUUGGUCUAUUGGUUCAUCAUUUAUCGCAUUUGACAAGGGGCUUAAUGUCAAAACGACAACAAUAUAUGGAGUGGCCAGAAGAUGUGUUGCCGGAGCAAUUAACAACUACACCACUCAGCUACUCGACUAUGGCAAACAAACAUCUCAGUAUAAUCUCACAGAAGCGCUGCUCUUUCUUUUUCAUUUCAUGGGAGAUAUUCAUCAGCGGCUACAUGUAGGAUUCACUUCGGAUAGAAGUGGGAACACGAUUAAUAAGCUGGGACUUGAAGAAACCCGAAAAGCUGGGCUUGCUCCUACAGAAGUUGAUGAAGAUGGAAAAGAAAUUAAUCCACAUAUUCCUCGGUAUAUGUCAUCUGCUCCUUGGUAUCUCAAUGCAGAGAGACCUAGUUUAAAACAUCAAAGGAAAUGGAAGUCAGAUCCCAAUUACACAAAGUCAUGGUAUGACAGAGGAGCAAAAAUAUACCAAGCUGAUAAGUACAGAAAAGGUGCAUGCGAAAACUGUGGAGCUAUGACACACACAACCAAGACAUGCAUGGAGAGGCCACGUGGAAUGGAUCAACAACUUAAGAAGUUAGAGGAAAAGGGUAACACUCAAAAUGUGGAAGAAGCUUAUUAUGGUGAGAUUGGUAUUGGAACUCCCUCUCAAAAGUUCACUGUGAUCUUUGAUACUGGAAGUUCUAAUCUAUGGGUGCCUUCUUCAAAGUGCUACUUUUCAGUUGCUUGCCUUUUUCACUCAAAGUACAAGGCGAGCCAUUCAAGCACCUACAAGAAAAAUGGGACAUCUGCUGCUAUUCAAUAUGGAACUGGAGCUAUCUCUGGUAUCUUUAGCCAAGACUCUGUCCAACUUGGUGAUCAUGAUUUUAUAGAGGCAACAAAAGAACCUGGCUUCACUUUCUUAGCAGCCAAGUUUGAUGGUAUUCUUGGCCUUGGAUUUCAAGAAUUCUCUGUUGGAAAUGUUGUUCCUGUGUGGUACAACAUGGGUUAUUGGCAGUUUGAUAUGGGCGAUGUCCUUAUUGGAGAUACAACUACUAGAUUUUGCAGUGUUGGUUGUGCAGCAAUUGCGGAUUCUGGAACCUCUUUGUUGGCAGGUCCAACGGGGGAUAACCAGAAUAGAGUAAGUGGACAAGCAUUGGAGUUCAAGCAACUGAACAUACAUGCAUGGGAAGCAUUUGAGAAGGGCAAUGAUGUCCAUAUGCAAGUUGCUCCUUCACAAACUGAAUUGUUGUAUAAGAAUUAUAAAGUGAACAAAGAGAAGCUGAAAUCUCAAGUGAAAGAGAAGUUGAAUAUGAUCGUGCUAGAAGAAUCAUCAAAGGCCAGAAAAGCAUUGCUUCCAACAAAGACCCUGAAUCUAGCAAAAAACAUGAAGACAUCAAGCAACCAAGUCUCCUUGCAUUGCAGGAAAAACUAAGCGGAAAUUGGUUUUCCCAAUUCCAUGGGAUUGAACGGGAAUUGGAAUCCAAUUCCAUUUUGAUCCUUCUUUUGGACACAAUAUAUCAAACAAUGGAGAAGGUGUAUGCGGAAAUGCAAAAUAUGAGAGGAAAUUUAGAAUUAUGGUACAUUA